GUAGUAGUGACUAGUGAGGUUGAUGAAUGUGGAGGAGCUGCCUCUCUGGAAAUGGACACCCCAGAGAGGAACCAGAUCGGCGGAACUCCCAAAGCCAAAUUUGAGGAUUCUCCAGUGUUUAACUAUCUAAAUAGUCUCUCUCCUAUCAAGCCAGUGAAAUCUGUACACUUCACUCAGACGUUCAGCUCCCUUAGCUUUGCAUCCCUUCCAUCGGUUUUCACUUCACCCCAUGUCAGUUCUCACAAGGAAUCCAGGUUCCUAAAGAGGCAUAACGCUUCUGAUGAUCUGUCAAAACCUGAGUUUUCUCCGGAAAGUGGAAAUAAAGUCUGUGCAAGCGAAGAUGCUGCUGAACUUUACAAUAACUCAUCAAAGAUACAAGAAGAUUGUGUUCAGGUGGUUUCCAUUGGAGAAGCUUCUGUAGAGCCAUCUAGUGAACAAUCAAAGUUUGUGAUUGAGCUACCCCGGAAUCUGAACUAUGACUGCGGUAGCCCUGACUGCAACACAUCUCGUUGUGGUAUCAACAAGGAAGAUUUUGACCCGGAAUUGGCUGAGUUUUCGGCUUCAGUUGCUCAAUAUGUUCAAGAAACUUCAGACAAAGGUUCAUCUGACGAUGAAGCACAGCAGCAGGUGACGUGCCAGAGUGAGCAAACAAAAGAAGGGACAGGCUGUGAUUGGGAGAGUUUGAUUUCUAAUGCGGCCGACAUAUUGAUUUUUGAUUCCCCCAGUAGCACAGAGGCUUUUAAGGAGCUAAUGAACCAUUCCCUAGGCCCCAUGACAAGGUUUUCUACUUCAAUUAUGCCGCAUCUUCCGCAACAUAACAUCAGUGAUGAGCAACUAGUGCAGGUCAAUGAUACAAUUGGUUCUGGUCAACAACUUCAAAUUGACGAUCAUUCCUCGCAGAGUGGAGAAGCCAGUGAGCUGAAAGAAACAGAACACAUGCCAAACCAUUUAAACGAGUAUAUGGUAAACAAUCCAAUUGUUAAAGCAGAUAAUAAAGCGGAAACAUCUAAGCCUGUUAUAAACUUGCAUCGUGGCUUGCGAAGGCGUUGUCUAGAUUUUGAAACGACGGGAGCUCGCCGGAAGAGUUACAAUGAUGUUUCUGAUUAUAGUUCAUCUUUGUUAUCUCAAUCUAAUGAGAAUGUCACCACAACUGAUAAGCGACUGAUAUCUACGAAACCUGGUGGUGAAUCUUCAAGGUGCAUCUUACCCGGAAUCGGUUUGCACUUGAAUGCUCUUGCAACAACCUCAAAAGACUACAAAAUCAUUAAGAACGAAAAUUCGGCUUCCGGCAGAGAAUUGAGUCUUCCCAAUUCCAAUGCCUCCAUACAUUCCCCCACAGCUGGUCAAGGGAGUGUUUAUGAAUCUUUCCCUUCAGCUUCUUCUGAAAGAGACAUGGAUGGCACCGAAAAUGGGGUUCAGCUGUCGCAAGAUGCGUCCCAAGCAUCCACUCUUUUAGCUAAUGAAGACUUCAACCAGAGUAGCCCCAAAAAGAAGAGACGCAGGACAGAACACACUGGGGAAGCUGAGGCUUGCAAACGUUGCAACUGUAAAAAAUCGAAGUGUUUGAAACUUUACUGCGAAUGCUUUGCUGCUGGUGUCUACUGUAUAGAGCCUUGUUCAUGUCAAGAUUGCUUCAACAAACCUAUUCAUGAAGAUACUGUGCUUGCAACUCGUAAACAGAUUGAGUCUCGCAACCCACUAGCUUUUGCUCCGAAAGUGAUUCGGAACUCUGAUUCUGCCGCUCCUGAAUAUGGGGACGAAUCCAGCAAGACCCCAGCUUCUGCACGGCAUAAAAGAGGAUGCAAUUGCAAGAAAUCAAAUUGCCUGAAAAAAUACUGUGAAUGCUAUCAGGGCGGUGUUGGAUGUUCCAUUGGCUGCAGAUGUGAAGGGUGCAAAAAUGCAUUUGGUACCAAGGAAGGAUCUAUUAUUGGAACUGAAGCUGAGCAAGACGAAGAAGAAACAGAAGCAGCUGUAAAGAGUGUGGCUGACAGAGAUCAACAGAAAAAUGAUAUUCAGAAACAUGAAGAGCAAACCUCUGCUCUUCCAACAACUCCAUUACGGCUGUCCAGACAAUUGGUUCCGGUGUCAUUUUCAUCCAAGAGCAAACCGCCACGAUCUUCUGUUUUUAGCAUUGGGGGGUCCUCUUCUGGAUUGUAUGCAAGCCAGAAGCUUGGAAAAUCAAAUAUUCUGCGACCCGAAUCCAAAUUUGAUCAGAGGCAUAGCCAAACUGUACAAGAGGAUGAAAUGCCAGAUAUUCUUCAAGGCGAUUGCUCUCCUACCACUGGCGUCAAGACUGCUUCUCCCAACAGUAAGAGGGUCUCUCCUCCGUGUACCUUUGGGUCAUCACCUGGUCGAAGGAGUGGCAGGAAACUAAUUUUGCAAUCCAUCCCUUCAUUUCCUUCUCUCACUCCCCAGCAUUGAGUUAUCUUGAAGUUGGAAGUUGGAAACAUAAUGCUCUUAGUUUAAUCAUGUUUAAAGAUGUGUGGUUUAGUCCUGUAUGUCAUUUGAGAGAUAGUCUACUGUACUAGUACAAUAAACAUGGCAUGAUGCUGUUAUCAUACCCCCAACCUAUCCUUGUAAAAUAUGGUGAAUUUCAGUUUAUAGAUUUCAUUCCCCAC